CUGCCAUGUUUCACUUCCUGUGCUUGCGAACAAAAUAGAAUCGCCAAGAAAACCCUGCGAGUGAGUGUUUUAACAUCACACUCGAAAAUAACAUCAAAGUGGUAGUUGAAAGAGUGCCACAACUCGAACCGCACUUUUACCAACACCAGCCGAUUAAUUGAAAAUAGCAACCAAAAACUCAAUUCAAGAAAAAAAAACAAAGUUGCGGCAACCAGCAGACGAAAGCUUUGCCGCACUCCGUGUACAAAACAGCAGGAGAGGGUACUUUAUUUAUUCUUGCUUUUAUUUUUGGAAGCUCGAGAGUGUAGGUGUGUGUGUACGUUUGAGAUAGAAGAACAACGAACGUAGCUAGAAAGAUGGCAGACUCGGAAAAACAGCAGCAGCUACCCAUAGAACAGCAGCAGCCGCUGGCCCAGGAAGAACAGCAGGAUGAUGGGCAGCAAGCGCAGGGCAAGCCCGCGCCGCCUCCAAAGGAAAUUAUUGCCACUAAAGUUACCGGCACCGUGAAAUGGUUCAACGUGAAGAGCGGUUAUGGUUUCAUCAAUCGCAACGACACCAAAGAGGACGUCUUUGUGCACCAGAGUGCCAUUGCGCGCAACAAUCCGAAGAAGGCUGUGCGCUCGGUUGGCGAUGGUGAACUUGUUGAAUUUGAUGUGGUGAUUGGUGAGAAGGGCAAUGAGGCGGCCAAUGUAACUGGGCCAUCUGGAGAGCCGGUGCGCGGCAGUCAAUUUGCUGCUGACAAACGUCGCAACUUCCGACCAUGGAUGAAGAAGAAUCGCCGCAAGCAACCUGGCGAGGGCGACAACGAAGGUGAUGAAAUGGCGCCGGCACAACAGCAGCAGCAACAGCAGCUGGAUGGUCAGCAGCAACAGCAAAUGCAGUCGGGUCCACGCCAACCACGUCAGAAUUAUCGUCGUGGUCCCGGUGGCGGCCCUGGUGGUCCACCCGGUGGCCCACGCGGUGCUCCUCGUGGUGGCGGACCACCCGGUGGACUCGGACAGCGUCGCUACAAUAAUUACUAUCCGCGCCAGACACGUCGCGUCCUAGGCGGUGGCGAUGGCAGUGCUGAACCUGGCGUUCAUGAUUCCAAUUCAGAUGGUAUGCAGCGCGGCGGCGAUGGACAGCCGCGUCGUGGUGGCGGAGUUGGUGGACCUCAGCGACGCUUUUUCCGACGCAACGGACCACCGCCACGUCGUGAUGGUGGCGAGUACAUCCAAGGCGGCCAAGGACCGCCACGUCAGCCGUUCCGUCCGCGCCGUCAAAAUCGUAAGCCCAAUGGACCUGGCGGCGGUGGCAUGGAGCAACAGUCACAGCAGAACGGCGCUCAAGAACUGCAAAAUACAACAACAGAAAGCACCGCUUAGACAAA